AUGAACCAUCAUGGUAGCACACUGUCAACUCCUCAUUCAUCAGCAAGCGCGACAACGCGGCACACAAAUUCGGAUGAUCGUUACGAUGAGAUCAUCGAGAACGAAGUUUGCAAUCGACUGAUCCGUUUAUCAUGCGAUAAAAUGGUGAAUUCAAAGCAUGAACGCGGAGGUGCAAAGUUGCAUCGUAAUCUGCUCAUAUUGCAUUUGUUGAGACGAGCUCGAGAUGAACAGAAA